AUGUCAUCUUCAGAGCCGGAAGAUGAGAAUAGGUUUAGUCUUGCCUCUUGUUUUAUCCCAGGCAAGUCAAAAUACCGCGUGAUCUUCAUCAGAGAAUCGCGCACCGCCUUUUCCAAUGCAGCCGACAAGCCGUGGGAUCAGAUGGAGUAUAUCAGCAUGGACAUGCCAAAGGAUAUCGCCCAGUGGUUCCGGGUUUGCUUUCCGAAUCAUGUUAUAGACGCUCGGCUGAAACCCACAAAGGCGGAGAGGAGGAACUGGACACAGACGAGGAGGAGAGGGUCCUUAUAUUGUCUGCUGCUGUGGAGUCUGAUGAACUCAUCAGCAGAGUUUGAGAUCAGUGUUGUGGGGUAUGAGCAGUUCUGA